GUUGAUACCUUUUGUUUUAUUCCUGGUUGGGGACAAUCUUCUCACCUGCAUCAGUCAGCUCAGAGAGAGUGAAAGAAAUUAAAAAUGCGUGAAUGUAUCUCCAUCCAUGUUGGCCAGGCUGGUGUCCAGAUGGGCAAUGCCUGCUGGGAGCUGUACUGUCUGGAGCACGGUAUCGAGUCCAACGGCUACAGACCAGACAGCAGAAGCACAGGAGGGACAGAUGGCUCCUUCGACACUUUCUUCUGUGAGACAGCAGCUGGAAAGCACGUGCCCAGGGCCGUCUUUGUGGACUUGGAGCCCUCCGUGAUCGAUCAGGUCCGUGUUGGGACCUACCGACAGCUGUUCCACCCUGAGCAGCUCAUCACUGGGAAGGAGGACGCUGCCAAUAACUAUGCUCGUGGGCACUAUACUGUUGGCAAGGGAAUUAUAGAGCCGGUCCUGGACAGGAUUCGGAAAUUGGCUGACCAGUGUACUGGUCUUCAAGGCUUCUUGGUGUUUCACAGCUUUGGUGGUGGUACUGGUUCUGGUUUCACCUCUCUGUUGAUGGAACGUCUGUCUGCUGACUACGGCAAGAAGUCCAAGCUGGAGUUCUCAGUCUACCCAGCUCCAAGGAUUUCCACAGCUGUGGUGGAGCCCUACAAUUCAAUUCUGACCACCCACACCACACUGGAACAUACAGACUGUGCUUUCAUGGUUGACAAUGAAGCCAUCUAUGACAUCUGCCAGAAGAACCUUGACGUUGAACAUCCAGGGUACGUCAACUUAAACAGGCUGAUUGGUCAGAUUGUGUCAUCGAUCACAGCUUCUCUUCGCUUCGAUGGAGCUCUGAAUGUUGAUUUGAUAGAAUUCCAGACCAAUUUGGUGCCUUAUCCUCGAAUCCACUUCCCUCUGGUGAUGUAUGCACCGGUGAUCUCAGCUGAGAAAGCCUACCAUGAGCAAAUGUCUGUGGCUGAGAUCACCAGUUCGUGUUUCAAGCCAGGCAACCAGAUGGUCAAGUGUGACCCUCGCCAUGGCAAGUACAUGGCUUGCUGCCUGCUGUAUCGGGGCGACGUGGUGCCAAAAGAUGUCAACGCUGCUAUUGCAGCCAUCAAAAGCAGGCGUACGAUCCAGUUUGUCGACUGGUGCCCGACUGGCUUCAAGGUUGGCAUCAACUACCAGCCUCCCACUGUGGUGCCUGGUGGGGACCUGGCAAAGGUGCAGCGAGCAGUGUGUAUGCUAAGCAACACCACUGCCAUCGCUGAAGCUUGGGCACGCCUUGACCACAAGUUUGACCUGAUGUAUGCCAAACGUGCCUUUGUGCAUUGGUAUGUUGGGGAGGGGAUGGAGGAGGGGGAGUUUGCUGAGGCCCGGGAAGACAUGGCAGACUUGGAGAAGGAUUAUGAAGAGGUUGGAGCUGAUGACUUUGGUGUGGAGGAGGAGGAAGACGAUUUCUGAACUAUUUAAUCAUAGUUUAUUUUGUUGCCAUUCUAAUUUGUGCAAAUCUGAAGAUUUUGAAUUUCUUUGAUCCGGAUUAGUGUCACUCUGUACGUAAACUGAACAGGUAAAGGAUUUGGAUUUCAAUUGUCUGCUUAAUGCUGGCAAGUUCUGUAAAUGGAUAAUUAUAAACACUGCUGUAAUAGCAAGUACAGUGCAAUAUAACUUGGAUUUGAGAAUUAUUAUUCCCAGAGGCAGAACUAUCAAAGGUACAUCUAUAGAAGUCAUCCUUGAGAUCUGACCACUUCACCUGCUGCUGUGUAUAAGAGUACAAAAGUUUUUGAAGAUUGAGGUUUGCUGCUCGGGAUUAGAUGAACAUCUAACAAGCAUUUAUCCCUUUCUGAAUUUGGAUGCCACCAUGGGGCAGGAAAGGGAUAAAUCGAUGAGUGGGCUGUCUGUAGUGGCAGUACUGCAGAAAUCUGAGCUCCCGAUGAAUUGAAGUAGUCAUGUCUAAAGACUUGCUUUGGAAAUGCCUUCCCAAUGUAUUUAAACUUUUUUGUCCUUUCUUUGGGGUGGUGGGGAGAGAAAAUGGAGAUGUAGAAAUGUUAAAUUAAUUGCAGUUAUUAAAUAUUUGCACUUUUCUGC